UUAGCGGUUGUCGUAGUCUUGUGGUGAUUGGGGGGAGGCAGUUGGUGUAUGGAGGACGCGCAGAGUGGGUGGGGGUGUUUCCUGUUCCCGACAUCCUCCGCGUUUGGUGUCUUCCUUCCUAGCCCCCUCCCCGCUCUGGUUGUAUCGGUAAAAUGGCGACGGUGAGCCUUCAGAAAGGAGAUAUAGUGUGGGGUAAGCUAGGUCGAUACCCUCCAUGGCCUGGGAAGAUUGUUAACCCGCCCAAGGAUUUAAAGAAGCCACGUGGGAAAAAAUGCUUGUUUGUAAAGUUUUUUGGAACAGAAGAUCAUGCUUGGAUCAAAGUAGAGCAGCUAAAGCCAUAUCAUGAAAAUAAGGAGGAAAUGAUUAAGGCUAACAAGGGGAAGCGCUUUCAGCAGUCUGUGGAUGCUGUGGAAGAUUUUCUGAAGAAACGCAAAGCUAAGGAGAGUUCUAGUGAUGAGAAAGCCAAGCAUGGAACAAGUGGUAAGAAGAAAGCAGAAGGCAAAACAAAAAAGAAAACUGGUGAAGAAAAAAAGAAGAAAACUGGUGAAGAAAAAAAGAAGAAAACUGGUGAAGAAAAAAAGAAGAAAACUGGUGAAGAAAAAAAGAAGAAAACUGGUGAAGAAAAAAAGAAAAAGUCUGCCAGCUCUAAGUUAUCCCAGAAAAAGUCUGCUGCUCCCAGCCCUCGCAAAAGAGGACGGCCUCCCAAGGAUGAAAAGGGCUCUGUGUUUCCCCAGCCAAUCUCCCUCAAGAAGCUUGCCAUGAAAACUGUAUCCCGAUUCAGCUGGCCACCGCCAUCAAGUGAGUUGCAGCGUUCGAAGGAUGACCCUCACUUUCAUCACUUCCUGCUCAGCCAGACCGAGAAGGAAGACACUGCAGGUAACAGUUGGCUGCUUCACCAUCACAGGAGUCUUGGCUCAGAAAUGAUAUUAAAAAAGCCCAGUGUUACAUAUCAAGCCAUCAGCAAGCGACUUAAAGUAUCUGAGGAGGAUAGUGGUUCAACAUCAAUUCAAGCAGCAGACAGCACAGCCAUCAACGGCAACAUCACACCCACAGAUAAAAAGAUUGGUUUUCUUGGCUUAGGUUUGAUGGGAAGUGGGAUAGUCUCCAACCUUCUAAAGAUGGGACACACAGUGACUGUGUGGAACAGAACAGCUGAGAAGUGUGACUUGUUUGUCCAGGAGGGGGCUCAUUUAGGCAGAACCCCAGCUGAAGUGGUCUCUACCUGCGACAUCACUUUUGCUUGUGUUGCAGAUCCUAAAGCAGCCAAAGAUCUUGUAUUGGGACCCAGUGGGGUGCUGCAGGGAAUCCGUCCAGUAAUUGUAUCCCGGGGAGGACGCUUUCUUGAAGCUCCUGUGUCAGGUAACCAGCAGCUGUCCAAUGAUGGUAUGUUGGUGAUUCUUGCCGCUGGAGAUCAAGGUGUCUAUGAAGACUGCAGCAGCUGUUUCCAAGCUAUGGGGAAGGCAUCAUUCUUUUUAGGGGAAGUGGGAAAUGCAGCACGGAUGAUGUUGAUUCUCAACAUGGUACAGGGGAGUUUCAUGGCCACAAUAGCAGAAGGCAUGACAUUGGCUCAGGUGACUGGGCAGUCCCAACAGACACUGCUAGAUAUCCUGAAUCAAGGGCAACUUGCAAACAUCUUCCUGGACCAAAAGUGCCAAAACAUCCUGCAGGGGAACUUCAAACCAGACUUCUAUCUGAAGUACAUCCAGAAAGAUCUGAGGUUAGCCAUCGCGCUAGGAGAUUCUGUUAACCACCCAACUCCAAUGGCAGCUGCAGCCAAUGAGGUCUAUAAGAGGGCAAAAGCAUUGGACCAAUCUGACAACGAUAUGUCUGCAGUGUACAGGGCCUACAUACACUAGGUCCUUAAUUUCAUUAUCUAUGGAUUAUUAUUUCUAUAACUUUUUAACACAUCACCAGUCCAUCCCUGUUUCCAUUUUCAUUCUUCUCCGUUUGUUUAGUUUUGUUCUGCAUCCCAGCUCAAGUUUUUUGAAAUGUCUCCACAUUGACUCAUUUCCAUAAGAGGAGAGAGGUGGGUGCUGGAAGUCCAUCCAGCCUUGCACUAAAGAAGAAUGCUUAGAGCAAGUUUGCUGUCUUGGUUUGCUACAUCUUUACUCUACAAUAUGGACCCUAUUCCUUUGCUUAAUGUUAAUAAGCAGAACUUCUAGUUGAAGCUGUUCAGAGUGCAUGUUCAUCUGAAGUUUCACCACUUCAUUGAUGAAGGACAUAUGAACAUUGACUUGCAGACACCAGCAUCCUGGUUUUAACAAGAAUGGGUGUCCUCAAGAUGACUACUUUCCUUGACUGAUUGUAUAGUGUCCAAGUUAUUCUCUCAUGCAUCCCUAUAUUUUGACUCAUCACUCACCUGUUAAUUUUAGCAAUUUGUUGUGUUGUUGUUUUGUUUCUGGGUUGUUUAUUUUUACAUUUUUCUGAUCACCUAACUGGUCUGUUGAUAAGACAGAUUUAGUGCAAUCCUUUGUAUUCUGUGCUUUAGUGGUGAGGCCCUGGCUUUGCAUUCCUAUAUGACAACCAGUUGAAAUGUAUUUAUUUGGGGGGAGAGGGGGGUCUUUCAAUUGACCAGCUUUUUUUUUUUUUUUUUUUUUUCUUUUAAGCACAUUUAGACAGUAAACACGUGAACAGAAAAAAAUGGCUUGGAAAUGUAAUAUAAAAUAAUUACAGAUGGUAUUCCGGUCAAUUGAAAGAGAAUGCAAUCCACCACAUAUGCCCUUUUUAGGUUUUUGAAUGCAGUGUACAGAUUUCAAAAGCAUUCACAAAAACUUCCCUUGAAGGAUUUUAAAAGGUCAGGUUCUGUUUAGUUGACCUUUAGAAAAUAAGCUUAAAAGUACUGAAAAUGUAACGGGAAAACAUAUAUAGCUCCUUAUCAGCAGCAAAUUGUAGCUGUUUAGGUUGUGAGAGAUUUGGCAUUAUGAACCAGUUGUUGCAGUCUGCACAGCCAAGUGCCAUUGCCUUCUUAUUUUUUGGCAGCUAGAAUUGUCUUUUGUUUUGGUGCGGGGUGGGGGAGGGGUCAAAUCAGCUAAAGUAGUUUCUUUUUAAUAUUUAUUUAAUGUUUUUUGUUUUGUUUUUUUAUUUUAAUUAAUUGAUUUUGUUAGUUUUAAUUCAAUGAAACUGCUUAUUUCCCAUUUUGGAUAGUUACUUUUCCCCCCAAUAAUCUGUAAAAUGGCACUGUUGCUUCCUAAAUGGACAAAACAAAUGUCCACCGGGUAAAAUGUAAUCUUGUAUGUUAUUUGUUUGUAGACUAGCAGGACAUUUUUUGUGUCUGAUGGUUUCCUGUAAAAAUGCAGUUAUUUUAUACUGUUUGGUGUGUUAAUUGCCUCUGCUUCCUUUUUGUAUAAUAGAUAUACUCAAAUGUAUAUUGUAAAGGGAUUAAUACAAUAUACAUUACGGUGAUGGUGUAUUUGCAGGCUACUUGACAGCCUUUAAAGGAAGUGCUUAUCUUUAUCACAUAGAAGUGAGCAUCUUUUCCCUCCUGUAGUAUACGUCUCUAAGUUUGCAGUAUUUAUGCCACAUUUCACUAGUGUCUGUGGCUUUGUUUAAAUUUACAAGAAAAAAGAUAAUGUCAAACUUUCUUACAACGCUAGAACCAUUUUUACCCUAUAAGGGUACAAAAAAGCUUUUAAACUAAUUUUGGUAAAUGCUGAAAUAUAUGUUGGAGGUUUCUUUCAGCUGCCACACAUUGUAUUUAGGUUUUAACCCCCCCCAAAAAUCAUUUAACCUUGAGAGUUGGAGGUAAGUUCCCAUUUUAAUGAUAUCCUAAGUGAGUUAUUUUCUGGUUUACGCUCUGAAAUUUUCUCGCACAUGGACAGACUAAUAAUCAGGUCUCCAGCCCUUAAGAAUACAUAUUGUACAGCCUUGGAUAAAGUCAGCUCUAUUUAAAUGUAUUAUUGAAAAUGUGUAAUUUUCAUUUAGUUUAAGAAAAACUAGUAUUACCUUUUUUUAAAAUGUGUCAUAAAUAUUUCAAUUCAUGGUAA